AGUCGUUGAAUAGUGCAUCCACAGCUUUGAGUAAGAAAUUAACACUACUUGUGAGUUGUGAGAAAGAGGGCAGAUUGAUGUCUCCAGACAAAGAUCAUCUCCUUGAAGCUUUGCAGCAGUUUAUAGAUCAAUGGAAUUCAGACAUGCCAGAAACUUCAAAGGAGCGAAUCAGGUUUCUUAAAAGGGAUUUCGAAUUCCUGCAUAUUUUCCUCACCUUCACAGAUUUAUCAGACAUGCCAGAUGUCACAUACAAAGUUCAAGCUCUGUUUCAAGAUGCUGUCGAAGACCUCAAAAAAGUCAACAAGAUCCAUCACAUUGAUCGGGUUACCUCUCGUAUACAAGAAAAGAUUCGGAUCACUAAGUUGGAAAUCAGAGAUAUUAAUUUAGUAUUAUCCAAUAAAGACGGUAAUGAUACCCCCAAAUUUGUCAUUGAAUUCAUUGAUACUGUCAUUAAGAAUUUGGCUGAUUUUGUUGAACUGGGAGUUAUCUUUAAGGAGUUGAAGUUACUCAGAAAUUUUGUCUGCUUUGUUUCGGGCAGAUCCAUGGAGCCGAAAUGCCUACAUUCUUUCUUGACUCAUGUUUUACUUGUGGUUGGUCGCGCAGCAAUGAUUGUAUGGUUGUAUUGGAAUUUUCCAAGCAAUAACAGCAAAAAUCAAGAAAUGAAUGAUCUGUUUUGUGAUCUUCUGAAUAUGAAGGUUAAACCCAUUCAGUCAGGCAUUCGUAAGAUCUAUAUUGAUGUCCUGCAAGCUGUAACGCAUCCGAUUAUACAAAUUGAGAAUGCAGCUGAUUGUAUAGCUGGCUUUAUGGAGACUCUCCAACACAACUUGAAAGAGCUACCAACACCUAGUCGGAUGGACGUUGUGUUGACAGAUCAAAUACUAGUCCUUGAGGAGAUGUUUGACCUCUUACUUGACAAGCUCAGGUGUCUGUCUGUACAAGUUUUCGAAUUUCACCUUCAAGAUAUUGAUACUGUGGUGGUUGAUUCCGGACUUCUUGUUUACUCGUUAUAUGAAGAUGUGUCAUUGGAGGAAAAGACUUCUAAAUUGGAAGAUACCAUUGAGCGCAUCAAGACAUUGAUCUACCACAUCAUUCGAAAGGAGUUCCAAUCUAGUUUGCCAACGAUUCAUGGAAUAGGCUAUGUUGAUUUCCUCUUAAGCAAUCUGGAGAAGUUCCAUGACCUUUAUUCAGAUCCGCGUGCUGAUUUCACGGCUCAACUUCGAGUGAUUCAAACAGAACUGGAGAGCUUACAACCUUUUAUCAGAUCUGUUGCAUUAGAGAGACACAACAAAUACAGCAAGCUUGAGCGUUCUGUGGCACUACUGAUUGGCAAAGUAUAUGAGGUAGAAUACAUCGUUAAUGCUUGUAUUAGUAAUAAAGAGGUAGAACAUAUCGUUGAUGCUUGUAUAAGUAAUAAAGUUCCUAACUGGUGUCUCAUGCCUUGGCUCUUGGACCUCAUAAAAGAGAUUGGAGCAGAGAUCCAAAGUCUUGCGGAUGACUCAGUGUCACAUGGUACUAUCGAUACUGACACUUCUUGUACGCCAUCCAGAUUAGCAAGGACUCAAAGCAUUGAGGAUGAAAUUGUAGAUUUUGAUGAUGAAAUUGUAGGCUUUGAGGAUGAAAUUAGAAAAAUAAGAGAGCAACUAAUAAGAGGAUCCGAUGAGCGAGACAUUAUCUCAAUCGUUGGCAUGUCUGGAGCAGGAAAGACAGCCUUGGCCAACAGACUCUAUUCUGAUGAAUCGGUUGUCGCUCGCUUUGAUAUCCGUGCACGAUGUUAUGUGUCUUCAGUAUAUUCAAGGAGGAAACUGUUACUGUCUAUUCUGAAGUUGCUACGUGUGAAUAAUAAUGUGACCACUCCUCUUAGUGAAAAGACUAGUGGUGAAUUAGCAGAUGUGCUUCGCAGAAUUCUCCUUAGAAGAAGAUAUCUUAUUCUCAUUGAUGAUGUACCGAAUGAUAAAGUGUGGGAAGAUUUAAAACCUACCUUCUGUGAUGACAAGAAUGGAAGUAGAAUUCUUCUAACAACGCAAUACUAUAAUGUUGCCAACGAUGCUAGAUUAAAUACUGAACCCCUCCGUCUUCGCAGGCUUAAUGAUGGUGAAAGUUGGACAUUACUAAAAAAGAAAGUAUUUGGUGAAGGAGACUGCUUUGAUGCACUUGAAAAAGUUGGGCGAAAGAUAGUUCAAAAGUGUGAAGGGUUGCCUCUUGCAAUUGUUUGUGUAGCCUCUAUACUCGCGAGGAAGGAGAGGACAGAACAAUGUUGGAAGCAAGUGGUCAGGAGUUUAGGUACUGAAAUUCCCUAUUACCCGAAGAUCAUUAUAGAACAAAUUUAUCAGAACUUGCCGUAUCAUUUAAAGUCCUGCUUUCUUUACUUUGGAAUGUUUUCAGAUGAGGAAGAAAUUAACAUUUCAAAGUUAACACUGUUGUGGAUUGGAGAAGGAUUUGUAAAAGAUGAUGAACACCGGACUUUGGAAGAUAUAGCAGAAGGUUAUUUGAAGAAUCUUGUUGAAAGUAAUCUAGUGAUGCUUGCUAAGAGGAGUUGUGGUGGUAGGGUCAAAGUAUGUCCCAUUCAUGAUUCCUUGUUUCAGUUCUGCAAGGAAAGAGCGCAUACGGAGAAUCUUAUACAAAGGAUACAGAGGUCCGAAGGAGACGCUUACUUUCCCAAUCAACUUGGUCAACGCCGAUUGGCAUUCUAUGCUGAAGUUGGUGAUCUAGUAGAAUGGAGAUCGUCUUGCUCACUUGUUAGCUCUGUGUUGUUCAGGAAAGCUAACACAAAUGAAUCCUCUUCCAUUACUAAAGCUAAAGCCUCCAAAAUGUUUCAUGAUUUUCGGUUUCUAAAGGUAUUGGAUUUGGAGUUCACUGUGAUUGAUUCUUUCCCAACUGACAUGAUCUACUUGAGAUAUCUUGCUGCACAAACUUCUCACGGGUCAAUUACAUCAUCCUUUGACAAGUUGUGGAACCUUGAAACUUUGAUUGUCAAUGGAAUGAGAGGGCAUUUGUCAGUGCCGCCUACAAUUUGGAAGAUGGUUAAAUUGAGACAUCUGCACAUUUCCCCCACCUUUACUGCAGAGCAAUUGCCUGAAGACUCAUCAGAACUUAAUGAUUUGGUAACUUUUUCUACUCCAUAUUUUUCUUGUGUAGAGGAUGCGGAAUUGAUGCUGCGGAAAACGCCUAAUAUUCGAGAAUUGAAAUGCAAAUUUGAGGGUUUGAGCAGUGGUCAAUUUCCUGUGUUGGAUUUUCCAACACAGCUUGAGGUGCUAGACAUUUUUGGUGAUGAACAUGUAGAAUCCCUACCAUAUCUUGUACGCAUUUCUGCGUCGAAUCUCAAAAAAUUGAAAGUAUCCUAUUAUAUACUGGGCUCUCAACAUUUAUCAAACAUUUCUCAGCUUCAGAACCUUGAAGAACUCGAACUGAAUUUUGUUGAAUUUGAGGGUGAAAAAUGGGAAGUGAUGAGUGACGAGUUCGCUGAACUCAAAGUUUUGAAAAUAGUGAACUGCUCCAGUUUUAGAGAAUGGACUGUCUACGAUGAUGCAUUUUCUAACCUUGAACACAUGGUUCUGCGUUGUUGUCAAUUACCUGUGGAAAUCCCUCCUUGGUUCGCAGAAAUUGAUUCUCUAAAGUACAUUGAGGUAGAUAAUUGCAAUGGAUCUGUUGUCGACUCAGCCAGGAGUAUCCAAAACACAAAAGAUGAAGAUUAUGAUGUUGAUUUAGAGCUCGUCAUCAAGAAUCAUAAUUCAGAUGAAUGAUGUUACUGGAAGGUUACUGGAAGCUGUGGGGACAUAAGGUUCUAUCUAGUAUUUCGGACACAACAAUUAUCUUAAUUGGUUAACCAGACGCGUCGAUCAGUCUCCAUCAAGUGGCUCCAUGGCUCGGAGCGUGUGCACUGUACAUGCUAAGCAUUGAGAGAGUUUGAGUAUUUUCAGUUCACUCAUAUAGGGGUGCUUUUAUGAUUUUGCUGUAAGUUAUUACAUUUAACCUCUUCAGGUGAAUGAUUUCACUCAUUCCCCUUGUGUUCUUUUAUGAACUAACUAAAUUCUGUUAUGUUAUUGAGCUGAAAUUCUGUUC